CAUUUUUCUUUUGCUUCGAUCAAAUUCCAAUAUCAAACUUCACUUGUUCUUGGCGAGGGUUUCGACUCGAGUGAGGGAAAUUGCAGGUUCUCAAUUGAUUGAAGACAAACAAGCAAGAAAAGGACUAGAUAGUCUCCCGCUCGACACAAUUAACAGAUACCAGCCGCAACCGCAACCGCAGCUGAGAAUUGAGAUGGAGAGAAGAGGGCGACACUUCUGGUUUCCGCUGCCGUAGCCGAGAAUUGAGAUAGGGAGAACUGGAGAAGAGGGCGAAACUUUCCUUCUUUGUUUGCCACCAAAGCUUCUCAGCUGCAAUAUUUAAUUUAUUCCUGCUGCCGUUUGGCCGAUUUCAGUCUUAAUUCAAGCCCGCCCCAAGUACUUCCGGUUGUUCCGGUAUACCGGCGGUUAUAUUAUUCAAGUAUCUUUUCUCAUCGAUAUCAAAGGAUUCCUUCGUGCAAACCUAGAAAUCGCAGGUCGAAGAACAGAAACAAGAUUGCACUUGAAAUCAACCAAGAAGAAGAAGUAAAAAGGGCGCGCGCCACAGGGACUACAAACCCGGCAUCCUCAAAGUUCUGAUUUUCCCCUACUCUCUUCAGUCUCCCGUGCUUCGGACCUGCCGCUUCUCUCUUCCUUCUACCAAUUCUGCUCAACAACUCAAGUUCUUUGGAACACUUCUAGCUGUUUUGAUCACCAUGAAAACACCGAUUUCGGGGGAGAAAGUUCUCACCCAUGGAGAUGUUACGUGAUGAUAAUCAAUGGAUUUCUAGCUCCAUGGCCAAAAGAGAGAGGGAAGUUGUUCAUACAAAAGCGGAGCCUAGCAGGAAACCAAGGAUUCUGCUUGCUGCUAGUGGGAGUGUGGCUGCCAUCAAGUUUGCAAACCUCUGCCACUGUUUCUCUGAAUGGGCUGAAGUAAAAGCGGUCGCUACCAAAGCUUCUCUGCAUUUCAUUGAUAAAGCAGCGCUUCCUAAGGAUGUGGUUCUAUACACAGACGAGGAUGAAUGGUCUACUUGGAGCAAGAUUGGGGAUAACGUGCUGCAUAUUGAACUCCGUCGAUGGGCUGAUGUCAUGAUUAUUGCCCCAUUAUCAGCUAAUACCCUCGGGAAGAUCGCGGGGGGAUUGUGCGAUAACCUGCUGACGUGUGUUGUCCGAGCAUGGGACUACGAGAAGCCACUUUUUGUGGCACCUGCCAUGAACACAUUCAUGUGGACCAACCCUUUCACAGAAAGACAUCUCAUGGGAAUCGAUGAAAUCGGGAUUACCCUAAUCCCACCUGUUUCAAAGAGGUUGGCUUGUGGAGAUUAUGGUAAUGGUGCAAUGGCUGAACCAUCGGUGAUCUACUCAACUGUGCGGCUGUUCUUAGAGUCACGGAAUCAACAAGGCGACCGGAAAACCAGCUAAAAACUCGACUAAUUCCAGAAUUCCAUCGCAACGCUCGAUCUGUCUUCUCCUGUGUUUAGUGUAUGUAGCAUUGACUGAGAUACAUUGAUUGGAUAGAAGCAUCAAUCUGAGAUUCAUUGGAACGGGUGAACCUGCUUUGCUGUUAUGAUUUGAAUGUAUUGUAGGAUCUAUAAUUUAAAAAAUGUACUGCAGCAGGUAAGUUAACCGUCUAGUUUUGAGACAAAGAAACGAGUACAGUGUAGUCAGUGCUCUCUGGUUUUGUAGUCACGUAUUGCUGCUAGUAAUUUAGGCC